ACUUCUUCGGAGAAGAAGCGGGAGCGACAGAAGACGGUACGAGAAGAGGUGGCGGAAGAAACACGAGACGCAUGAAGAGGAUGAAAGGACACUCGGAGCCGAUGAUUGGCGGGGAUGAAGGUAACGUCGGAGAACGUGCCUCGGGAGAAAUGACGCCAGGGAUGCGUGGCGGACAAGAACAAGGAGUGAAAAAGAGGCAGUCGAAGGAAGAGGGUGCAACAACAACUAAGAAAGCAAGGAGGCCCGGCGGUAUGACCAUCCGCGAAGGACAAGCUAUGGGUGAAGGAGAUUCGGCUCGUCUAGGCAUUGCCGCCGCGAGAGAACCUUCAGAGAAAUCCAAAAGGAAACUGGCAGCUAAAGAAGGCGAUGGCCAGAAGAAACCUCGGAGGAGGAAGACUGUUGAGGGGACGACUGGUGGCGAAAGGGCGGUCGGCAGGCAGUACGACGAAGCGGCAGCGUUUUGGCUCGAAUACGAGCGGAACGAUGACGGUGAGAUCAUGGAGAAUGAGCUCCCCAUUCAACUGCUCAUCGACCCCAGGAGGGUCUGCGACAUCCCGCCGUGGGAAAGAUAUUACAAUCACCGCAGUCUCACUCUCGAUGGUGUGGAGGACAUCAAGGGUGCGAUGGUGAGGCAGUUCCACGAGGAAAAGGGGAAGAUCUGGACGAAAAACUCUUUGGUUCUGGCUCCCAUCUAUAAGCCAGUGACGCAUAAACCGGAGAGAGCUGAGAGGGUUCACAAGGAUGUCUUCAAGCCAGAGGACAAGGACAAGUACUUCUAUUACCCUGUUAACGGACAACACACCGUGGCUGCUGUGAAGGAGUUGGCCGAUAAGGCGAUAUCCGAAUUGUGGAAGAUGCACUCGUGGCCGGCGAGAGUCGUGUGGUUCUCCGACGAAGACUUUGAGGGGUAUUUGCAGGUCAGUCUGACGGAGAACACAAGACACAAGAUGUUUGAGCAGCGUGCACAGAAGGCUGCUUUCGAGGAAAUGCAGAAGAGUCCGAAUGGGGAUCACUGGACGAUGGCACGUAAAGCGACAACGCUCGUCGACAAGGAACACGUUGCUGCCAUUGGCAAUGCAUUGAGGCAAUGGAUGCCGCUCGUGACGACCGGUGAUGACGUUUUCCGCAAAGGCAUGGAGUUCUACGACAAAUGGGCCGAGAGAAAGUUGUUGGGAGGAGACGGGAAGACGCCCUUGUCGAAGGCCGGCAAAUACAUGCCAGACAAAUCUCCGGGUUUUCAAGCGAUUCUGGAAACGGGCUCCAAAGGAGCGGCUGGUGAAACGAAGAUGGGGUGGCUGGUCCAGGUCCCGCCGCCUCCGACCAAAAAGAAAACACAAGCGGACGGCAAGUUCGUCGUCGUCAUGAAAGAGCUAGACAUGUUUUAUUGGCAGUGUGUCGCUAACAUGACCGAUGUCGAAAAACUGUCGAUCCUCGACGACAUUCUCGCGCUGAAGGGAGUGUUUGGCCUCACGACGCAGGUGUGGGUCGAACUGCGGAAGCAUUUCCAAGGCGCGGUGGAGUACGUGAACACUUGCAAACGUACUUUUUCGUACGGGAAGGAGUCCCUCGACGAAACAAAGAGAAUGUACGAUGAUGACAGGUUCCCUAAAUCUUUCGAGAAGUCUGUCCGUUCCAUCUUGCGACGAACGGAGGAAGAAGUCCAAGACACGAUCAAGGUCAGCGGGGAUGUGAGGCACAUCAAAUGGCACAAGCUCAACCGGGUGACCAGCCUUAUUCCUUUCGGUUGUCCACCUUCCCGAGCUCACAGUCGUCUCACUGAGAUCCGCGAGAUUGUGCGACAUCACGUAUGCAACUUGUACGUCCUCGAUUUGUUUGAUCCCACACUCCUCUCAGACUGGCAUGAAGAUGAUUUCGCGUCCUUGCAAGGCGUUCUCCAAACCCUGUCGCCAAGGCACUGGGCACUUGUCGGCUUCUUCCCUUCUCGUUGGGAGCUCUGUUUGUUGAAAGGCAUGACCAAUCUUAGCGUUCAUCACGUUAGGACAGGGAAGUGGGUGCGCCAUGCACAAAGGAAGGCCAUUGUUCGGGAAUGCAACAUGCUGGUCGAGGAGUAUGAUCGUCUGUACGUGAUUUGCAAUGGCGAGAACCUGGCAGACAACACGGUCGCAGUCUUCCCAGCCAGUAGUCCAUCGAAGCCUCCCCGUGCCAAUGCUCCAAGCCCGGCCAAACCCACGGCGGCGGCCCGCUCGAAAGCUGCGUGUUCAUCCUACCCGUCAGGACAGGCUGUGGCCUGUUUCGACGUGGCAGAUGAGGACAAGUUCCCUUGUAGUCAGUGGGAGGACGACGGCAUGACAAGUGUUCGAGGAGCUACUUACAGAAACAAGGAGCGCAACCCAACUCAUUUAAUUGGUCUGCUCGAGAACUUUUGCAGAGUUGGGCAAACUGUUUUUUUCUUCGGGAAGGCGGACACGUCUGUAGUGUGGGAGCUCCUCCGCAGCGGUCGGAACGUCGUUGCGUUAGAGGACACGGCGAACAUGAUCGAUUACCUUUGCGAGUUUGUUAAGACACGUGUGGGGGACCCUCGCCACCAAUGCUCUUUUGUCCAGACCACCGGCGAACGGAACUGGGAUCCCAAACGUGAUAUGUAUUGGAAAUUGUCGGAGAAGAAAAGGACAGAGGUUUGGGAGUUCCUUUUCCAGCAAGGACCGCCUGCUCAUACCGAUCCGGAAUACAACCGACGGAUAAACCUGGUGUUCGGUGUGCUGAAUGGUUACCACAAUGCGCCCAGGGAGUUUGUCUCAAAUUUCCUCAAAAGGCUGGAGCACGUAUUCUUUUUGAUGGCCGAACCGCUGACCCUCGAAAACUACAAGGCGCAGUUCAACGAGGAGGACCCUUUCGAUGCUGAGGACAUGGAGGAGAUGAGCGACUCUGAAACCUUCGAUUUCGAGUCCAUGCACUUCCCUGGGCGGUUGCACAGGAAGCAUCACCGGUUCACGCCGGAGGAUGUCUGGGGCCACAACGUCGUCUGGCACCCCAGGAAAUUCCAACCUGCUGUAAAGACUAGAAAGUGGGUCAUGGCAAUGAAGGAAGCCGAUGGCGAGUGGAGUGGCAUGAACAGACUGGGAGCGGGUCCAUUUAAGAAAAGGGCGAGAGAAGCUCUGGUAGAGCAUUUGAGGGUUAUGAACCCCGACAGUAGCCUGUCGGUCGUCAAUGCGUAUGCAGGCCAAAAGCUAGAUGAGUUGUACGCCAACAAAAUGUUGGAGUUUCGAGCGUCUUUCUAUGCACUGGAGACGGCACCGUCCCGUGGCAUUGACUGGCGCAUGCUGCAACCUUCGUCGGGUGGUCAGCAUCCGGGAGGCGGUGGAGGAGGAGACGAAGGAUACGGUGGACGUGACAGAGGAGACGACUUGAGAUCUCAUGGAGGAGGUGAGGGAGGAGACGACUCACGAUCUGCCGAAAAGGGGUCAGAUCGGGAAGGGGUCGGGGGGAAAGGGGUCGGGUGGAAAGGGUCGGGUGGAAAGGGGUCGGGUGGAAGGGGGUCGGGCGGGAAGGGGUCGGGCGGAAAGGGGUCGGGCGGAAAGCGUAGAGCGUCCGGGAGUCGCGACUCUAGGGAAACUGAUAGCCACUGCGUAGGGAGUCGAGAUUCUGACAUGCGAGACGAGGCCGCCCUGAAGUCUUAUCAACUACGCGUAGAUUCUCACUUGUCUGCGAGGACUUUGUUUCCCGAUGUCGAGGAGAGUCCGUCCCACCGUGCGCAGCCGACGUCUCCUGUGCACAACACCUUGCUUUUGCCCCUCUUGGAAGAGGGCAAACGUCUGCAGCAUACGACAGCAUCUCCUGAGCGGCAAAACCAUUCCUUGGCAGGAACUGCGUCUUCGCUUUGCCUGGAGGCCGGGAUGCCUGCAUUGCGAAGGAGCGAAAGUACGACCGUCAGCUCCCUCAGCUCUGGCGACCUCCGCAAACUUCGAAUAGAUUUGGAGUUUCCGACUCGUGCAAAGUGCUGGAGGGGCCCGCUGAAGGAGUGUUGGAGACCGGGCAUAGCGAGUAUGAACGUCAUGCUUCGAGGGGUGUAUACGUCGACUCUGAGACCAAGAGCACAACAACUCCUGGGGAAGAGGAGCUCUGACCGGGAGUGCAUGCUGUACAGCGGGAAAGAGGAGACUCAACACUGGCAGUCUCGCGGAGUGUUAGAGACCGGGGCUAGCGAGAAUGAAUGUCAAGCCUUGGAGGGUGCGUCCGUCGACUCGGAGAGCAAGAGUACAUCAGCUCCGGGCGAAGAGGAGCUCUCACAAGAAGCACAUGCGCUGCAGCGGGAAGAGGAGACUCAAUACUGGCCGGCUCCCGAAGUGUUGAAGGGGCUCGACGCAGGAGUGCUGGUGACCGGGACGUCCGAAGAGGUUCUGCACAAUCGGUCGGUUGUGGCAACGACGCAAGACGGUGACGUUAAGGGAGGUCAAUGGACGUUUGAGGAAGGCAAUGACCGUGGGGAGGAAGGACGUUCGUGAACAUUCGUGGAAGCUCGGCUUCUUGGCGAUGAGGAAGGCGAAGAAGAACCCCUGGUGGAAGCUCGAGUUCAUAACGAU